CCCCAGAUAUAUUAAAUUCAGUCUUGAAAGGAAUCCUUUUUUCUUCAUCAAUUUGAUGUCAGUUUAUUUUACAUGUAACAAAAUUUUAUAGCAUAGAUUCGAUAGUUAUAAAGCAGUUAACAAUAAAAUAGAAUUCUAUCCCAGCAAUAUAAUUAAACAUGUAAAACUGUCAUUUCAAUACUGGCUGACAUAUUGGGUGUAAAAAAUGCCACCUUUUUGUGGAUUCUUUCUACUUUACAAUAAACACUAAGGUCUUCAUGAGAUGAAUGAUUUCAUAAGCAGCUUUUAAAUGAGGUAAAAACAGCAACAUUAAAGAUUUCAACCAAAAAUAAUGAAAUUUCUUAGCACUGCUGUCAUUCAGCAGAGGUGUUUUGUGUGUGAGUGCUUUACAUCACACGUGGGUGUAUUUGUGUGUGUGUAUAUGUAUCAUUUAGCUAAAAAGCCACCAAACUGGUCAGACCAACUUCCACACGGUUACUCCCAACGCCAUCUUAUGCUGAUGGAGGCAGAGAAUGUUGUUGGUUUGAAGUCUGAUUGUGAGACGGACGUGUGUUUUGUUUAAGGACGGGACAGACCAGACACGACAACAAGCUGCAACAUGACUGAGUGAAUACCUUCACAGUGACAUAGGAGUACCACUGGUAGGAUGAGGAACUGAAAGAGAACGGGUAAAACUAAGCCGGAGUGGAUGUGCCCUCAGUGGGCAAUGCUGCUGGCACUGUGGCACCCAGGACUGCUGCUCACCUUCCUUGGUUUCAGCGCCUGUGUAGAAGAACAGUGUGUCCUCGGGAUCGUGGGCCAGCCGGUGUCAUUGCCCUGCUUCUACCGUGAACAAGGAGUGGCCUCUGUCAAUGUUACCGUUGAGUGGAGGAGAGACAAUGAAGUGUUGCUCAGAUCAGUGUGGGCUGAAGAUGGAACUGUGGAAACAUGGAGCACUAACAGCAGCAAAAUCUCUGCUAAUGCUCCACAAACAGGAAACUUCUCUUUGGAGCUGCCUGCCGUUGUUCCUGAACAGCCUAAAAUGUAUUAUAGUCUAUUUGUUAUUUCACAGGAGAAUCACAGUGUUCCAAUGUGCACAGUGUGCCUCAGGACAGCAGCUAGUUUCAGCUUUCCACUACUGCAAAAAGAGGAAAAAACACAGGGUGAUGAAAUGGUUUUCUUAUGCCACUCCAGCGGUGGCUAUCCCGAACCUGUAGUUUCCUGGCUCAUCAAUGACGUAGAGGAGCCCCCCAACAGCUCGGUGAGGACCACAACAGUACCACUGCCGGGCUCACACCUCUACAACAUCACAAGCCAGCUCAGAGUUAACAUUUCCCAGGAUUUCACUGUGUCGUGCAUCAUAAAGAACCAGCCCAUGAAUCAAACAUUAAUGUCCAAAAGCAGUGGUGUGCAGGACAGUGUGGUGGUGACUCGAGUUUCACAGGCCAUGUGGAUUUUCAGCACAGCUCUCUGUGUGGUAGUCGGGAUCCUGGUGGUGAUAGGGGUGGCCUAUCAGAUCCACCUGGACAGGAAUCAAAAGAAACGCUACCAACAACCACAACCAGCAAGAGGAUACAAGAGGCGGCGUCCAUACGAUGAAGAAACCACGGGGAUGACGUUAGAGGCACACGAGUGUCUUACCGAGACAGAUGUGUGACAACCAUCGAUUAGUAAUCUGUAACUAACAGGUUUGCUGUCAGUCAGUAGAGCACUGAUUUGUGAAUGUCCUUUUUUUUGUUUUAAAUUGUGAUUGAUGGGCUCGUCCCUUUAAAAUAAGUUCUGAGUGUUUAAAGGAAAAUGUGCAGUGUGCACAGGGGUCAGGGGUCAUACACGCUAAAGUUCUAUUUAAGCAUCAUUUCACUGUUUGAAAUAUUCCUUUAGGCUGAGCCGACAUCAUCUGAAGGUUUUCACACAGGGAGGAAAUGUUGGGUUUCAAACUUCAAUAACACAGACACCAAAACCAAUAGUGGGGUUGUUUUAUUUCACCUUGUGCACAAGAUUUGUUAAUGUCACAAAUGUUUGAUCACAAAAGGCAAUAUGACAGUGAAGAGUUAGAUGUUUUAAAUUUUUCUGUAAUAUGUAAAAGCUUUAAACAGUGAAAUUAAAAAAUAGAUUUUAAUAUUUGUUUCUGUCAUUCUAGAAUUUUACUGCUCUCGGUACACAUUAAAAAUAUAGAUAUUACUAAAUCAGUGUGUUGUUUUCAUGAGCACCUCUCUGUCCCAAAUGCUUAUCAACGUAUAACAGCUAACACCUUAAAGGAUAACAUUCAC